AUGUCAGAUAGUCCAACAAAACGUAGUAGUUUAAACAUAACGUUAGACGAUAGUUUUGAAAUAGACGACCUUUCUAAAAGUCAUAUAUUUAGUGUGGUAUUUGGAUCACCAGUUAGUAUGAUGGGAGGUAAUAGCAACAGUGAGUCGGACGCGACUAAUACCAUGAAUUAUGCAGUUAGUAUAGAUAAAACUGUAGAGCAUGUAAUAAGAAUGGUACCCGAAUUUAGUGGGGGUAUAGAUGAAAAAUUAGUAUUCUUUAUAAAUGCAUGCGAGUUAGUAGUAGAUAUAACUCCGGUGGCUAAUCAGGACAUAAUGUUAAGGACAAUCCUAAAUCGAAUGAAGGGUUUAGCUUACGAGGUAAUAAAAUACGAAAAUAUUACUAGUUGGGAUAUGUUGAAAACGUUAUUAAAAAAUACAUAUGAUAAACCCAAAAAUGCAGCGUAUCUGCAAAUAGAAUUGUUUAGCGCGAAACAGCGAUAUAAAGAAACAUUAAUAGAAUACGUUAAUAGAUUACGUAAUUUGGUGCAGGCCGUAUCAGAAGGUAGCACACAAGGUAAAAGUGCAAGCGACGCAUUAGCUGUUCAGAAUAAUAUAAGAGAGCAGGCCUUGUUAGUAUUUUUGGAGGGGAUAUCCGAUAGAAUAAAAGUAAUGGUUAAAAUCCCUCCACAUUAG